AUGGAUUUGUGCAGCAGGAGCUGGAGAUGGGUCGUCCCAGAAGCCGGGGGCAAGCAGGCCUCACCCCCCCACCUGUCCCGAGUGAAUGGCUGGUCGAGGCCCCUGCACUCCUUCCAGGUGGUGGCCUGGGCCACAUUCCUCAUCUUGGCUGUUGCCAACUUUGGCAUCUUCAUUCCCUUCCUGCCACAUAACUGGAAGUACGUUGCCUACGGUGUGACUGGUGGGCUCUUCUUUCUCCACUUCCUGGUCCACUUGAUUACAGUUUCCAUCGACCCAGCUGAAGCUAACGUCCGUCUCAAGAACUACUCUGAGCCUAUGCCAACCUUUGACCAGUCCAAACACACACAUGUGAUCCAGAACCAGUACUGCCACCUGUGUGAGCUCACCCUGAGCGAGAAAGCCAAACACUGUAGCGCCUGCAACAAGUGCAUCUCUGGCUUUGACCACCACUGCAAAUGGCUGAACAACUGUGUGGGCAGCAGGAAUUACUGGUACUUCUUCUGCUCCGUGGCCUCCGCCUUGGCCGGUGUGGUCUGCCUGACAGCCAUCCUGCUCUAUAUCUUCAUCCAGUUCUUCAUCAACCCAGCAGAGCUCCGCACGCACCCCUACUACAAAAAGAUCUCCAACAAGAACACCUGGCUGCUGUUCCUCCCACUUUUCCCUGUAAAGACGAAGAUCCCGGUGGUCCUCGGCAUUGGGGUGCUAGUGCUGCUGUUAGAUGUCAUCAGCCUCCUACUGCUUGGGCACCUGCUUAUCUUCCAUCUCUACCUAAUGGCCAAGAAGUUGAGCACAUUUGACUACAUGACACAGCGCCGCCACCGAAAGACUCCAGCAAGAGCUUUAUCAGAAAAGAAAGAGCUGUCCUUCCCAAUAGGAUCCCCACAGAAAGCAGACGAUCCGAGUUCUUCUGCACAUGGAGAGAAGCACAAGGAGCCGCAGCCACCGCCGAAGUAUCCAAGUCUGUGCUCCACCACUACCAUGUACUCAGAGAACUCCUUGCUGCUGAAGAUGCGGGACAUGGAGGAGAACCUGAGUUCAUCCGCAGAGAGAGUGAAGCCUAAGGAGCUCCUGCUGCCAGACCUGCACUCACGUCAGGCCUGCUCCACCACCACAGUCUCAGAGAACUCGUGGCUAAAGGAAGCGGAUGGUAACCCGACUGUGUUGGUACUCGGCAGACCUAGGCAGAAGGUGCUCCUGUCGCUGUCGGGGUCGACAAACCUGAGCUCUGCCUCCAGCACCAGCCCGGAGAACUCCUUGUUGCCCAAGGUUUCAAAGGAAGAAUAAGGAGAAAUAAGGCAGCCCAUGAGAGGAGACAGUGCCAAAUUUGUAGACUCAGCCUAAGGAGCCCCCUGCCCAUCCCCAGAACCUUCCUCCUGCAAAAUCCCGGCCUGGGAGUCGAACCUGAAGAACCUCAUGCCCCUGUACCUGCUGCCCAACCACAGCCAGAACAUUCUGUCCUGGGAAGACGCACCCCCGCACCGCCCUCUCCACCGCUGAGGAGCCAUGCCCGUUCCCCAGAACCUUCCUCCUGCAAAAUCCCUGCCUGGGAGUCGAAUCUGAAGAACCUCAUGCUCCUGCACCUGCUGCCCAACCACAGCCAGAAUGUGCUGUCCUGGGAAGACGCACCCCCGGGGAGCCAGCAGGUCCAGGGCCCCGUGCCCACCGCCCUCUCCACCACUGAGGAGCCAGGGCAGGGGCAGGCUGUCCCGGGGCCGCAGCACCUGUGGCACGGCCAACCUGAAGAACAGAUGCCGGAGGUGGCUCAGGCCGGGGCCUCUCUGUCCAGCCAGGGUGCUGAGGGCCUGCCACCCACUCAGGGCAAGAGUGGGCUCCCCUUGCGGCCCCCCUGCCAGGAAGCCCCUGAGUCCACAGCCUGCGUUCGGCCACCAUCGCCGACCUGGGAUCACAACGCCUGAGGGCUUGGCAGGGCCGCUCUGUGCAGAGGGCAGUGCAUCCUGGAGAGUCCCCAGGACCAUUCCACAAGGAAGGUCCCCUUGUGUCCCCUCCCCCCCACCAGACACCAGGGGGGCUGCAGCCUGGCUUCCUCCUGAGGGGAGUGCUGGGCAGUGUGGUGGGGAGUCUGGGAGGCAAGGACCCCAGCGCCUCCCGACCCAGGCCUCGGAAGACUUCCAAGAGCUCUGUGUUUGCUCAGCAUAGAAGUCCCCUCCCCCAGCCCCACUCCCCCACCCUGUCCCGCCCGCCCCUCCUGCUCUCAGCUUGGCUCCCUAAGUUCUUGGAGCCUCCAGACAUGCCCACGUGCUGUCCAGGACUCAGGACCCACCACUGUGCUGCUCUCACUUGUGUCGAUGAGCAGCAUUGAUAACAGGUUUGAACUUAAGCAGCUUUUAAGGAAAUUCUUCAGAAUUUCUCAGGAAGUUAUAUUACAGGACAUAAUAGAAAUUAAUUUUAUUGGCAAUAAACUUUAAACCAAUCUUGGUUAAUUUUACAUUUGAGUGCCAGGUGGCCUUUUUGCAGUCUUAAUGUGCCCUGCCUGCCCCCCAGCCUGAGCCACCCGGCGCUGGGCCCCGAAGUCCAGCAUGCACCGGCCGGGUCUGGGCCUGCAGAAGUGGCCCCCAGUCCACCCCAUCCCCCUGCCCCAGCUCCCAGGCAGGCAGGUUGGGAGGCUAACCCGAGUGCAGCCCAUGUGGGCAGCAACUCUCUGGACCCCAGAGGUGGCCACCUAUUUCUCUGAGCAGUUUGCUGUGGCUCCAGCCUGAACCCACAGCCCCCUGCUGCCGCAUGGGCAGGCUUGCUCGCCGGGCUUCCUGGAGGAGGUGGCCCUGGCCCAGGCUCCUCACCUUCCAUGCCUGUUCCUCCAACAGGCACCCUGUACUCCCUGGGACCUGCCCACCUCCCCACCAUGCUCGCCCUCACCCAUGGACCUCCCUGCAGUAAUCAUUUCCACCCUUCCUCCUGAUGGAACCUGUUACCUGCAGGCCCUUCCCCAGGUGGGCCAGCCCUUCCUGCCAGGCUCCCCUUCCCCAUUUCUGUAUCUCCCUGCAUUGCUCCCAAGCCUCCCAGGACCUGUUCCCCCCAAGUGCUUGAAACUUGGUCAUGGCCCCCAAUGGCAGCUGCCCGACCUUGUGUCCUGAGAGCCUCCAAGUCCACACAGGCUCACAGGACCACAGAACCCAGCACCUGCCUGACCUGACAUCAACCUUGAGAGACGAUCCUCUGGCUCCUAGAGGGGACGUAGUCUCGGCCUCCCACCCAAACUCACACACCAGAAGAUUCUCCAACAGAGAACAGGUCAGAAACUAACCAGGUCUUGACAAGGACGACAGGCUGUGCGAGCUGCACGUGGAGCUCGGUGCUGCGGACACGGCCGGGGGCCACAUGAGAGUCAACCGUGGAGCAAAGCCCAGGUAUGUGACACAAAGGAAGGGCUUCUGGCUUUAUGGUGAAAGUUUCACCACAAAACAGUUGGCGCUGUCAUAAAUAUGUAAUUUUGUUGCAUCCUGUAUUUAUACAGAGUGCGAAAACCCCCAGGAAACUUUUGAGAGAAAGAUGAACUGAGACAUAAGUGGUGAAGGGUUGGGGCUACUUUGAAACCAGGCCUUGAGCCAGAAGCAAAGGGCACAGGCGGCAAGGGUCCAAGGUGAACCCGGCAGCAAUCGGCUGAGCUGAACGGGCCCAAGUUGAGAAGCUUGGUGUCUCAGAGUCUAAGAUCAGUGAAGACAAGCUCAUGACCAAAGACCACAGACCAUCAUGGGUGAGAGUCAAUAAAGAGUAAAGAGAGGAUUCAGACGCCCAGGAACGUGAGAAAUCAGAAAUACACAAUAGUAAGUGGGAUGCACAAAAUAUUUAAAUGUGAGACCGAAAGACAAUAAGAAGAGGAUUUUCUAAAUGAUCAGGAAGUUACACAAAAGGCCUGAAUAUAAUUUUUAGAAAUGAAUAUGCUUGUUACAAACUUAAACACCAGAUUAGAGCUAGCUGAAGAGAGAACAUUGGACUGGAACAUAAUUUGAGGAAAUUAUCAGAACAAUGCGGCCACGAGGGUGAUGUGCAGGAAGCCCUGGCUGCAGCGGAGGGUGGGGCCAGGCCUCACACAUGUCCACCUGGACUCCAGGGGGACACGGGAUGUGAGAAGGGACGCUCCAAUAUUGGGAUCGCCCAGAACUCCCCAAAGAUGUGAACGCAGAGGUACCAGGGCAUCGUGCACAACUGGCAGCACUUCCCGGAUGGUGGAUAGUGUGACCCUGCGAACAACCGGAAGGAGAGAUCACCGACAGAGGAGUGGCAGGCGGAGGGCCGCCUCCCCAGCAGUUAGGCCAGAAGGGAGGGAGGUGAAGCGCUGUCAGCCCAGCAUCACGCACCCAGCAACGCCGUAUGUACGCAAAAGGACAAAACCUGCAUUUUUAGAUGAUAGAAAUUGGGCUUACCAGCACCAAACCUGCCAUAAUGUGACUCUGGAAAAGACAGAAAGGAGGGGUGCCUGUGAAGUGUUUGUACAGAGGCCCCGGGAAUAAGCGGGAAAUGCACCCUCAUGUGCGCCUGCUUCCUGGGGGCCGCCGGGCUGAACACACAGUGAACACAUAGAUCCUGACAGUGACCUGCCUGAUUCACGGGACGCCCGUGGGCCUGGCUCACAGAGAGGGCGCGUGGUCUCCCCCGGCACACACACCGCUCCAGAGACAGAGCCUGCACUGCCCUGUGCCCCUGAGCAGGUGUCACCGCCCGGGCCCCAUGGAUGUGCCCUGCUCCUGGCCCGUCCCCAUCCCCGCACGCUGGACCCAGUCCCCCAGGCUUCUGGACCUCCUGCUCCUCGCCAGCGGGGUCCUUGUGCUUGCAGCUCAUACGCCUUCUUGAAUCUGUCAGUUUGGGUUUACAUCCCAUGUGGAAGCACUUUGGCCAUUAUUUUCCUGAUGCUUGUCUGUACCCCUGCGCCCGAUAUUUCCUCCUCUUUUGGGGGGCUCCAAGUGCACAAGCAUGAGGCUGCCCCACGGACACUGAGGAUUAGGCUUAUUCAUUCUCUGUCUCCUGAUUCACUUUGGGGAGUCUCUGGUGCCCCACGUGGAACGUCUGACCUGCUGCUGCACCAUCUGAGAUACUUUCCAUCUCACACACCUGCUCACACCCCACCUACUCAACCGCGCUGCUGCCGCGACUCCCACGUCUCGACUGGACUUUCAGGCCCCGUGGGAUGUGGUUACAAUGCUGCGCUAACGCCCUCGGUCUGCCCUGGGUCCGGCCCAGGUGACUAAUUGGCUGUCACUUGGGGCUUAUUUUCCUGCUUCUUUGCACUCCUGAGACUUCUAAGUGGAUCCCGGGAGUCAUUACGUUUCCCUCUCACGGUGCUGAAUAGUUCUGUAUUCCUAUAAAUAUUCUUGACAUUUAUUCAGAGAUGCAAUUAUUUUAGUUCGAUGUUUGUGCCUUGGCUUGGGCUGACCGUUCCCCCGAGCUCACCUCCUUCCCUGUUGUCUCCCUCUGCACCCUGUGGGUGCUGAGCCCGCGGGGUGACCGUGUGAUCAGGUGCUGCAGCUCCCUGCAGCAGGGGUGUGGCUCCGGUCCGAGCCUCCGCUCACUCGCCCUGACCGCCCUGACCGGGCUCAGCUCUGUUGUCAUGAGGUCCAUCCCCUGAGCUCGCAGCCUCCCAACUUCGUUCACUCACCUGGGGUGACUGCCAGGCCCUGCCUGGGUACCCUCCCCACAGGGCACGUGGACGCUACCCAGCAAUUCAUGGGGACCCCGCGCCCUGCUGCCUGACGCCCAGUGUCUUGCAAACCUUGCCCCAAGUGUGAGAGCGUGUCUACUUCCCAUCACCUCGGCUCGACACGACCGUCUGCCCUGUGACAGUUUGCUGCACCAGGCUGUGCUCAUCUGUAAGAUCAGGAGGUGCCAUCGUGGGAGCAAAGCUGGACCUUCCAAGGCCCAGCUGCCACAUCACCAGGAGGCAGAGGAGCACAGUGCUGCUGUCCCCACCCUGUGAGGGGUCUCAGUGCUUGGAGGACCACAGAAGAGCCCCAGCCUCGAUUAACUGGGGAAACGUGGGGACUGAGCCAAGGACAGAUGCCGUCACCACGUGGAGCUGCCCCUGAUGGGAGCAUCCUGGGAGCCUGUGGCCCUUCUCCAUCCCAGAAUCCGUGUAAGUGACCCCUGCUGCCAGGUUUUCACACACAAGUGGCAGGAGCUCUGACCUCCGUGGUGGUGACCGGCCGGUCUUUGUCUCUUUUAUUUUUUUAAGAUUUUACUUACUUAUUUGCCAGAGAUGGAGAGAGAGCAGGAAUGGGGAGCAGGGAGCAGCAAGCAGAGGGAGAUGCAGACUCCCGGGGAGCCCACGGGUCUUGAUCCCAGGACCCAGGAUCACGACCUGAGCUGCAGGCAGACGCUUCAGCAAUGGAGCCCCCGUGAGCACCUCAGCUUUUAUCACUUGAGAGCCUGUUGGGGUAGCCGCUUUGCUCACCAUGACCUGUCGUGACUUUGGUGUGCAGGACAGUCCCACAGAGGCCUUUCUUCCCUGGAGCCCAGAGCACACGGUGCUUCACGAAGAUGGCGAAGGGAACGCACGUUCAGGGAACCGUGAGCACGUGCAGGGUACCCCACAGGACAGGGACACACACAGAGGGCACAGUGGCCACCAGUGCCAUAGUCAUGGCCACCAUGUGUCCCCAGGGAGACCCCAGCGCCAGGGUCAGCACCGCAGGUUUGUGC